AUAAAAGCAAUCGAUGUAAUAUAAAUCCGUGUUUCAAAGCGAUUUGUUGAAAUUGCUUCAUUUUUCCUUCCCACUGUGGGUUUAGUUUCGAAUCGGUUCGAUAGGUUGUAAUAAUGGACUCACUCGGGUCGGAAAUCGGUCAGAAGAUGAGGAGCGCUGUAAAGGCCAAGCUCAUCGAGUUGGGUACUGGUUCUGCCUCGGGUUACAUAGACGACGAGCUGCCGGAUUAUGUGAUGAUUAUGGUGGCCAAUAAGCGCUCCCGGCAGCAGAUGGUGGAUGAUUUACAGCUGUUUCUAGGCAGCCAAACCGAAGUAUUCGUAAGUUGGCUUCAUCAGGUGCUGCAAAAGUUGGAAGAAGUUACAUUGCCAGUGACGGCUGCUGCUUCCGCUGGAACAAGCGGCGGUGCAGGUAAAAAUCCUAAGGAAGGUGGAAAACGUAAGGCUAGUGAUCAGAAAGAAAAGAAGGACAAAAAGAAAGAUAAGAAAGCGAAGAAGCAGAAGGAGAAAAGUCCAGAGGUUGUGGAGGAAAUACUGACUCCACCACAUCCGGCACCGCUUGGAGGUAGUUCGAUUCAGGAAGUAUUUGCUAAUCAGCUGAUUCAGAAUGCAAAGAAAACUAUGGAAAUAGAAGCUACCGCUCCGAAGAAAGUUACUCGAGAUAUUACACCUCCGUUGCGGGAGGCUUCCAAUACGCGUACGGAAAACGAGUUUGAUAUUCCAACCAUAUCGGAAAUCGCUGGUCAAACUGCCCUGCAGAAGCACCAGAAGGAAUUAUCUGAGCUUGAAGAAAUUCAGCAAAGGAUUAAGCAAGCCAAAAAGCAGUUGAAAGCAAUGGGCUCGGAUGAGUCGGAAGAUGAAGAUUUUUUAAACAUUAAAGCUAACGAUGAUGACUUGGAGAAUAUCGAAGAAGGAACCUUCGUAAAAAGGAAAGAAAAACCGAAAGAUUGUACGUUGGAUAUUAACAAAGAACGGGAAAAGGAAAAACGUAGUGAUACGCCACCUCCACCGAUUCCGUCUGUCCCUCCGGCGACUAAGAAAAAAUCUAUAAUGGAACGUUUGGGAUCUAGACCGGAUCCGAAAGUCCCUAGUGCCGACUCAAACGCGGAAACGGUUGCAAAUAAAGCGAAUAUUAUUAGCCUCUCAGCUCAUCGAAGAGAAGAGCGCGAGCUUUACGUUCCGGUGUUCCGUCGUAAAGAAAUGGAAGAGCAAGCGAAAGCUAGACAAGCUAGAACUACUGAUAGAGCCAACCGCAGUCGAAGUCGGGAACGGGAUAGGAGACGGUCACCGGUGCGAAGCAGAUCUAACCGAAGAGAUAACAGUCGCGACCGGUCUCGCAGUAGGCGCGAACGUGAGAAGGAGAGGGAACUUAAUCGAACCCGAAGUAGCGAACGUGGCCGUGAUCGAGAUCGAGAACGUGAUCGUGGCCGAGAAGUUGAUCGGGAGCAUAAACGGGAACGAGAUCGUUAUGCGGCGGAUAAAGUUAGUAAUGGAACCGAAAUUCGAUCUCGGAUUGGUUCUCGAGUGUUUGUUCUUCCGCCCAAGCCAGAAUACGUAGAAGAAGAUGAGCUGGAAGUUCCCAUACUCAGCGUAGUGAAAGUGCAGCCUCGUCCGCAGGUUCCUAAAAAUAAGCAGCCCAGUAAAAAUCUCCUGCUGAAAGCGAUGGCUGAAGCGCAGCGUUCUACGGCAGCUAAUCUCACUAAAACUAUAAGUAAUAGGGAGGAAGCACCCCGGAGGCAUCAUAGAAUGUUGAUAGAGAUUCCGGGUGCGAAGAUUGAACCGACACCCUCAGUGAAUGUUACCUAUGAAGAAGACGACGAGGAAGAGGUGGACAUUGUGAAUCAUGUUCUAGGGAUGGACGACGAUGACGACGAGCUGCAGCAGAUUCUCAACGAUAACGACGAGUACAUACCAGAACCAGUAGCCGUGUCUGUCUCUGGUCGUUCGGAUACCGAUAGCGAUGGUUACGUUUAUGUUCCUUCCAAAAAGCUGACAUCCGAACAAAAGGCACCCGAGCUUCUCACACCCGAAGAAUACGACCCAAAGGACCCUGCAGAAAAUCCUAAAUUUGUGGUCACUCUAGAUGGUGCUUACAAAAAAGGUAGCCGUGUUUCGCCGAGCCACACGCCACCGCCUCCUCCAGUAGCGAAGCCAGCGACAACGUCAAAAUCGAAGCUAUCAAUCAAAGAUCGAAUCGGUGUAAAGGUUUCGUCAGAGGACAAAAAUAAAACACCCCCGACGAGUCGAGACGAUGACGACGAUCGUGUCCACCAAGAAACGCUCAAACGGCGAAAAGAACGGUUCAGCAUUAAAACGACUCCAUCGAAGGAGCGUAACAGUAAACGGAACUCCGCUUCCAGGUCACCGCCACAGCCACAGAAGCGCUCAAAAGCGUCAUCAUCUUCGGCGAAGAAAUCUAGUCCCCAAAAACGGACGGAGAAAUCAUCGCGCUCUUCCAACUCUCAUCGCAAAUCGUCUCCCUCUUCGAGCCGAGAUCUCAAUGAAUUGCUGUUGCAACGGACCAAGGAACUGCUGGUGGACGACAGUGUCUCAUCGUCACCCAUUUACAUGUCCAAAACUGAUUACGAAAAAAUCGAACCGAAUUCGUCAUCACGAAAACGAAAGCGCGUUUCACCGAUUCAGUUCUCGCUGACGGAUGACGAAGCGGAUGACAGCGACGGGGAGUACAAUCACCAUCGCGAACGGGAGCACCGGGAGAGGAAAUCGGUGGAACGCCCGGCGGCCACCGGUAUGGCAAGCGGCGAUGAGGAUAGCGUCGGCAGUCGCCAUCAGGAUCAGCGAAAGGAGCGUGAGAUUGAACGGCGAAGGAGUAACGACGACGAUCGGCGGAAAAGCAGCGGCAACAGUGCCGGUGCUGGUGCCGCCGGCGGCGGUUCGAGCAGUGGAAAUGCAACCACAACCGGCGCGGAACCUAAAUCACCGGCUAAGAAAAUUAAGAAGUUGGAAUCCAGCCGCAAGUUCGACGAUAUACCGCAGCUUCUCAGUUCGGUGUCGGUUCCCUCGGACGGGCUGUCCAAGAGCAAAGGCAUCAUCAAGGACCGGUGCAAAUAUUUUCCACUCUGCCGCCAGGGAGAUUCCUGCGAGUUUCUGCAUCCCAGCACGAUGUGCAAAGCGUUUCCGGCGUGCAAAUUCGGCGAUAAAUGUCUCUAUCUGCAUCCGUUUUGCAAGUUCGACAAGACUUGCAAUAGGUUGGACUGUACCUUUAUGCACACAAAACCCCUGCCUGCACAUGGAAUGGGCUCCGUUGGUGGACCUUCGGCGCCACCUUUGGCUUCCUCAGUCGUUCCGGUGUCCAACUAUAAAACAAUAUCGGCGAAGCCGUUGCCAGCGCUGUGUAAAUUCUAUCCAGGGUGCACAAACGGUUUGUGCCCGUACUACCACCCGAAGAUGUGCCGCUUCGGGAAGCACUGCAUGAACAAGGUAGAGUGCAACUUCUACCAUCACGAGCUCCCAGGCGGAGUGGGCGAUUACCACGAGGUACCGCCGAAGGAUAAGUUUAAGUGGAUCUCUCCGUUCACGGCUUAGUGCCUGCCACACUGCAUCGUUCUAGCUUCGCUACGACCGUGGCGAUAUACUGUGGCGGGGUUCGGUUCUCAUUAAUUUUUCUUUCCGGUAUCGUUUGUUUGGCAGCACAUGCCUACAUACCGUAACCUAGCAAGGCAAAAUUCAGGUGUUUUAUUGUUUUUGUAGUUCUAAGCUAGAAAUAUUUAUUAUUCACAUUUUGCUUGCAUCAAAAAUAGCAAACAACGCGUUUUUUUUACUGAAAAGUCAGUAGAAUUAGGAAAUAUGUUUAAAAACACACCGCUUUAACACAUUCAAUUUGUACUGUUCAAUAGUUUCCGUAUUGUUUGAAUUGCAGUGCCCCAGCGACUCUCAUACUAAUGUAAAUAAAUACACGCACCGGAAAAGUGUUACAUUACAUGUCAGAUAUAAACGGUGGAGAAUAAUUGAGUUUAUUAUUUCGUUUGAAAAACACACAGAAUUUGCGUUGUAAUGGUAGCCUACACAAAGCAGAGUUGUUUCAGUGUGAUUCAGCGGGCGAAGAGUCUUACUUGGCAAGAAUGAAAUAAUUUUACUUUUCAUUACUUGUAGGAUUACAGACUUAAGUAUAACAAAUUACGUACCGUGAAUUUUGAACAAUACCAUUAAUA